AUGAAGAUCUUCUAUAUGGGCGUUCUUCGGAACGAUACGAAACCCGCCCUGCAACUAUGCGGGGAGAAGGAGCUCAGCAGCUUCUCCCGCUUCACUCGGCAAAACUAUGAAGAGUUCCUGAUGCUCUUCUGCCGCACGGUUGCCGAGCGCACGAACCCGGGACAACGCCAGGAUGUCGAAGAGAAGUCCUAUACAUUCCACGCGUACGGUCGGACGGAAGGCGUGGCCGGUGUGAUCGUGACGGAUGGAGAGUACCCCGCGCUGGUGGCCCACCAGCUUCUCUCGAAGAUCCUCGACGAGUUCCUCAUCAAGAACCCGCGCACGGCAUUCUCAGACCCGAACCUGCGUGAAAAUGCCUGCUCCUUCCCGCAGCUCAAGGAAUAUAUCAUCAAGUACCAGGAUCCCAGCCAAGCAGACAGCAUCAUGAAGAUUCAACAGGAGCUGGACGAGACCAAGAUUGUCCUUCACAAGACGAUCGAGAGUGUGUUGGAGCGCGGUGAGAAGAUAGAUUCUCUGGUUGCCAAGAGCGACGGUCUGUCGGCCCAGAGUAAGAUGUUCUAUACCCAGGCCAAGAAACAAAACUCUUGCUGUGUUGUGAUGUAG